AUGGUGUUGAGAUCAGCACGAGCUAUGGGGUUGUUAAGGCUUGAUGGCAUUUUUUCCAGUGAAGAGGGAUUUUCACUGAGCACUGAAGAUCCUGCACAAUCGAUUGGGCGACUACGACACGACAGACGCUUCCUCAUCUCAACCGUCCCCAUCUGUGCGGUUGCCGAAGAGUACAGCUUCUCACUUUGGCCUCCUCUAUCGGGAGAGCUGAGAGACGGCUGCUCUGCUUGA